UCCCUGCGGAGGGUUUUCCACCAGCUUCUCUACGUGAUCCUGAUGAUGAAUAAAGGCAGCAGAGGGAAGCCCUCGCUCCUCGUCCUCAGCCAGAGCAUCCUCUCCACCCGCGACCAGGCCAUCCACUUUGUUUGUCAUCUUGUGGACGAGCUCAAAGAGCUGGCUCUGCCGUUCCUGCAGAUCCUCCUGCAGCAUAUCUGCUUCCAGAUGGUGGAGAAGAGUGAGUUUCGUAGCCAGGGCGCGCAGGCUGUGGGUAUGCUGACGUCUCAGAUGGAGAGUCAAGACUACGCCCGCUUCAUCAAGUGGCUGUUUAACUUCUCCAGACACUCAAAGAUGGUGUGUCGGCUGUUUUCCGUGGAUGUGGUGAUGGUUUUGCUGGAGCAGCUGGAGAGGAAACCAGAGGAGUGUGAGGACCCAGAGCUCUGCUCCUUCCUGCCACACAAGUUCCUGAUCCAGAGCCUCCUGUUCGCUAGGCGGAUGGACGACUCGCCCACUGUCCAGAGCCACGCCCUCGCCUGCCUGGCUCAGUGUCUGGAGCUCCCUUCACUCAAUGUCACCCGGGCCGUCCACAACCUCUUCUCUGCCA